AUGAAGUUUCGCGUCCGCCAGGGCAGCAAGGACUCGACUCAAUGGUUGGACGUCUACUGGCUGGCCUCGCGCAAGUACUGGUUUUCUCUGUUGUUCAUCGGCGUGGGCCCGACCUUUCUUUUGCAAGAUAUCUCCUGCAUUCUCAUCGCGCAGUUUCUCUGCCAGAAAUUUUACUCAAGAUGGGUGCGUGCAUUCACAGCCUUGGUGACGAUAUUGACCAGUCUGUUGAUUUCGGGUCUGGCGGCGGCCAACAUCUCCUUCUAUACCCAAACCGGCGCGGAAGUCCACUGGCGACAAGCUCAUAACUUCCACCGCGAUGCAGCGUCCAUAAAAACCUUGCUGACGGGACUCACCGGCGUCGUCAUCGGCGAGAUCCUUUUCAGUGCUAGGAUUUUGACAUCGACUGCUGCCCUGUUGUUCCGCUGGAAACGAAAUGCGGACCCGAAAAUAUACAAACGAGUGCCCUUUGAGGAAUGGGACGAAGAGAACGGCGAUGACAACGAACCGGAAGCAUUGUCGGGCUUCUAUACGCCCAGGAAACCGUCGCACAAGUCUCUGCCAUCCCCGCUAGCUCGCAUAUUGGUGGCCUCGGUCACUGCAUUCGUGCUCCUGCUGCGCUGCAUCCGUCCGUCGGAUACUGCAUAUACGUUCCUUUCGCAGACCGUGAUCAUUACUCCCUUUGAGAAGCCUCCUGGUCGCAGUCAAACCUCUUCUUUCGAUCUCCCAGAUCUGCCGGGUGACUAUAGCUGGCUCUAUAAUCAUACCGCGCUGGGCGCACCGCCAAAAUUUGACUGGCUACCAAAGAAGGAGAUAGGAGGGUUUAGGGAUUGGUACGGAGGUUCCAACGGCACGGAACCACAACACUAUGAUCCAACAAAAAACCCCCUUCAUAUCUCCAACCUUGAUCGCAGCAUCCUCGGGUCAUUACGCGAUACGUUGAAAUCUGGCAAUGUGAACAUUAAGCACGUCUUCCUGCUGAAGUUGGAGAGUACCCGAUACGAUGUUUUCCCUCUGCGCAAGGAAUCACGUGUGGCCGACCUGAUCCGAGAGUCGUAUUCCCGCAACCAGAUCCCUGAGGACGUCGAGGAAAGACUAGCCAAUUUGACUCGCAAUGCAGGGAUAUUGACCGGCAUGCCGUCAGGCUUCAACUCUUCCAACGAACCAAUCCAGCCGUACGGUGGUCUUUCUGCAACAAACGCCUACACCGGCGGUACCUUCACCCUCAAGAGCAUUAUGGCUAGUGUCUGUGGUAUUUCACCAUUGGUUGUUGACUUUAACCGUGAAUAUCUUCAACACAUUUACGAGCCUUGCAUGCCCCAGAUUCUGAAUGCACUGAAUCUGAUACCCAAAAACUCUAAAAAGGCCGCAGACCCACACAACUACAAGACGUGGCCCUGGCACUCACACUUCAUGCAAAGCAUCACUGAUAAUUACGAUAACCAAAACUUCCUCAUUCCAGCCAUGGGCUUCCAGGAUAAGGUGACAGAUGAGAACAUCACCGAAGAUUGGAAUGAGAAACCUGGAAAGCACCCCGAGAAGUUCAACUUCUGGGGAUAUCCCGAGUACGAACUGCGAAAGUACCUCCAUAGAGCCCUUCGGAAGGCGGAGAAAGAUCAUGAGCGGAUGUUCCUCACGCAUCUAACAGGACUGACGCAUCAUCCAUGGGAUCUGCCUGUGGGCGACGAGUACGAGGAAAUCAUUGGUUCCAACAUAUUCAGCCACAACGGCAAGAUAAAUCGUUACCUCAAUACUGUUGGUGCUGUGGAUAUGUGGCUCGGAGAGAUCAUGGAGGUCCUCGAGGAGACUGGCGUUGCAAAUGAGACCUUGGUUGUCGUGGUUGGCGACCACGGCGUUUCCGUCAUCGAAGACGGUGGUAUCGAUGGCCGCGUCACCUCCAUGCAGAUUCUGCCCACGAUCCUCGACCUAUUGGUGGAGUCAGCAUCAAUAGACAAAAAAGCAAGUCACGCCAUCAAAGACCUCCUCCCCCUCUACGAAGGCCAGUCAAUGAUCCGCGACCUCGUCCUCGAAAAGGACGGAAUCCUGGACUGGCAAUUCACCGUUAUGAACACCGGCGCAACGUGGCUCGCCCUGCGCUCUGCAUCCAAACCGUAUCGUCUGGUGAUUCCUCUCGUUCCCGAAGUGGAGUGGCGGUUCACCGACGUCGACGUGGAUCCGUACGAGCUGCAUGCCCUGCAGUCUUUCAACUUGCUUGCCGUGUUGGAGCAGGUCGGUGAGGUCCAUGGCGUGGAGGCUGUACAGUGGGUUAAAGAUGCAGCGCAUGUUGCUCAAUGGUGGGUUGCUGAGAAUUGGCGUCGUUACGAAUUCGUGCCGGAGACUUGA